AUGGGCGGCGGCAAGGGCCGCACGCCGGCGGCCGCGAAACUCGCCGGCAAGGGCGCCGCGAGCGUGCUUGCCGGGAGGUCGGACGGCGGUGCAACAACGGGGCCAGAGCUGGCGGCCGCGGCGCAGUCGCAGCCGCACGACAACGUGCCUGCCAGCGACCAGCGGGAGACGCCCCAGCUGCAGCAGCAGCUGCUGCAGCUGCAGCAGCAGCAGCAGCAGCAGCAGCAGCACGAGCCCGGCGUCCCUGGACAGGAGGCCCCUGACAAGACCCGCACCGCCGCCGUCGCCGCCACCACCACCGCGCCACCGUCGGGGCCGACACCAGUGCCGCUCGCGCAGCGCCGCUCGGUGGUCGUCUCGCCGCUCGUAGGCGCCAUCCCGCUGACCUACACGCCGCACGCGCCGCGCGGCGGCCUCGAGCUCGCUGGCCCCGACGCCUGUACAGCGCUCGGCGCGUCGUCCGCGCCGCACCUUAGUAGCUCUGCGCCCCGCCCCUCUUGCCAGCUGCCCGCCGGCCCCCGACCAGUAGGGUGGACCGCGCCGAGUAACCUGAUCACGCCCAGCAGUGCCCCGCUCGGCACGACGCCGCCGCUCGCGUCUGCGCCGGCGUCGCCCUUCACCCUGCAUAGGGUGCAGCGCGCCGCAGUCCAGCAGAUGCUGCUGCAGCAGCAGUCCGCGGGCAGUCCGCUGCAGCGGCCGCGCGCCGGGGUGCGUGGGGGCGCGUCGCCCUGGAGCCCGCAGUAUGGCGGUGUGCUCGGGUCCGUCCUGACUGCGCCCGCAGGCGGCGCGGCCGCCGCCGCGAAGCCGCCAGCUUUCACGGCGCCGGCAGCCUGCACCUGCGGCGACCUGGCAGGUGCGGCGGCGGCGGGCUCGGACGGCGGCGGCUGGGCGCCGCAGCUGCAGCCGGCGGGCGCAGCCAGGCGGUACGGUCUGCUGAGGCGCUGCAACUCGUGCCAGGCGUCAGACGUCAGAUACCACCUGACUGAGGGCGUAGGCUCCUGGUGCUACAUGGCGCCAGAAGUCCUGCUGGGCCGCGCAUACAACGAGCGCGCCGACACCUUCUCCUUUGGCGUCGUCAUGUACGAGGUAUUCAGCCGCCACAUGCUGCUCUCAGAGCACGCCGCCCACGCGUCGCCCGGCGGCGCCGGCGGCAUCGGCGCUGCAGACCCGCGUGCGAUCGCGCGCGACUGGGCGGUGCGCGUGGCGCACGGGCACAGGCCCGUGCUGCCUGCGGGGUGGCCUGAGGGGCUGAGGGACCUGAUCGACUGCUGCUGGGCCCAGGAUGCGGCGGAGAGGCCCUCGCUGGCGGAGGUCGUGCGGCGCCUGAGGGCGCUGCGUGAUGCCAGCCCUGACGGCUCCACUGCCACUUCAUAG